AUGGUAAUGUACUGCAGACACUCCCUGGCUCGCAUCAACGCCUACCGUGCCUUGGCCUCGCCGUCUCUCAUCUGUCUCUCCAGCAAAAACCCUCUCAUGACAGCCUUUUCUCUUUCUGAUGAUUUGGAAAAAACUUGCUACACUGGAAUACGAGUUCCAGGAAGAAUCUCGGCUCUGAGGACACAAGUUCUACAGUUCGCAAUGAGGCUAGUGGACGAAACUAGAAGUUCUGACGAACUGGAGAUCGUACUAAACUACGACCCGGAAGGAGAACCAUACAAAAAGGGGCAGUUCAUGCACUUGAAUCGCCUCAAAGAUGCUGUCGACAACAACCAGAAGCAGUUCGUUGCCCAUGCGAGCGUGCAGCAGCUCUUGGGCCGGUGUGGGACGACGGCAUGCCCGGCUUCAAGCGCCGCCCGCCUCCUUGAUCAGCUGAUGGCCGUGGUGAAGAUCGGCGUCUUGUUCCCGUCUACUGCAUGUCCUUCCUUCUGGGCCCCCAAAAACAUCCUUCGGAGGUGCUCAAAGCUGAUACCAAUGAAUUUUAGUGAAUCCCCUGUUCACAGAAAGAACAAGAAUUCACUUAUAUCUGUGCUUCAUUUCCCUUACAUCCACUCAGCCAGAUUUUGUGCACUCUUUUUGCGUGAAAACCCCCACAUGGGCCCCCUGCAAAUUUCUCUCGGGAGAAUGGUGGUUGACAUACAAAUUUUUUCAUCUCCCCAAAUUGUACUCUUUGCUUCGGUGUGUGGUUUGAACAAUCUUCUUUGGUAUUACGCCGACAUAGAUAAGAGCAAAUGUUAUUCAUUGCCUAAUGGAUUACCCAAUCCUACCGAAACGCGGUCAUGCGAGAUCUGGCGAAGAUUUUCUAACCUCUUCGAGACUUCACAGUCGCUCUUCUGGGCAUCCUUCGGACUUGUUGACUUGAUCAACUUCGAACUGACUGGAAUUAAGUCCUUCACGCGCUUCUGGAGUAUGCUCAUGUUCGGCUCCUACAACGUCAUCAAUGUCAUCGUUUUGCUGAACCUCCUCAUCGCUAUGAUGUCCAACUCUUACACGUUCAUUGUGACAAAGUGUGACGUGGAGUGGAAAUUCGCUCGCUCGAAGUUUUGGAUGAGUUACUUCGAGGAGGGCCAGGAGCUGCCUUCGCCCUUCAACCUUUUCCCAAAGCUGUCCGUCUUGUGCGAAUUCGGGAAACCUAGCUACAGGGCGUCCUUCAAGAAGCGCCAGGACCAGAUGCGGGACGACCAGUAUCAGACGGUGAUGAAGAACCUCGUUAGACGCUACGUCACGGCCGAACAACGUAACAUGGACGAGGAGCUCAUUACCGAGGACGAUGUCAAUGAAGUAAAGCAAGAUAUAAACUCCUUUAAGUACGAGCUCCUGAACAUCCUUAGAAUCAAUGGCAUGAUGACUGGCAAUGCACAUCACAGGGAGGACAUGGCUGUGGGCAAAAAGCAGCAGGCCCGAGAGCGACGGCUCAUGAAAGGUUUUAACAUCGGCCUGGUGGAGGGUAUCGAACAGAGCAUGCACUUCGGGAACAAGAAGAGCAAGAAUUCCCUGCUUAACAUCGUGUUGAAGCAGGCAACUAAUAAGACGGAAAAGAAGGACUGGAACACAAUGAUGCGAGCAAGCAUGAAGAAGCGUGACCCCAUCGGUUCUAGCAGAACCAGUCUACAGCGACAGAGUCUCAGGAACAAGAAACGCUGCAACGCGGCCUGGAGUAAGGUCAAGUUCUACCAGAAACGAGGCGUUUUCCUCGGAGGGCAAAUUGACCCCAGAAUGCUGAGAGAGAUCAAGAACAGGGGACAGGUGGCCCCCUUACAGAGUCGUUCUCUGGGAUGGCGAACUCUUCAGCAACUGCACGACCGCGGGGAAAUUACACAGGAAAAUUUCGACAAGUGUGUAAGAAACACACCGAGUCCUGGAAGUACUGCAGCUCCUACUCCGAUUCCUCCCACAUCACCACGCCUCCUCUACCUAGAGUCGGGUCAGAGGCGACACUCUGACGCUGCCACCAACUCCUUCGCCGAAGCCGUCACCGAAGCCGUCAAAUGGAACCUCGAAGCCAUUCGGAACGGGCAAGGGAAAAUUGACGUGUUAGAGAAUAACGAAUUCAUCACACAAAAUACAUUAGAUAUCAAGAAUGGAGUCUAA